AUGGAACAUACUGCCCCUUUAGAACAGCAAACGACAAUGGAUCAUAGUGCACCUGAAGAACAGCAAACGACAAAAGAACAUAGUGCACCUAAAGAACAGCAAACGACAAUGGAACAAAGUGCACCUAAAGAACAGCAAACGACAAUAAAACAUAGUGCACCUGAAGAGCAUCAAACGACAAUAGGACAUAGUGCACCUGAAAAACAGCAAACGACAAUAGAACAUACUGCACCUGAUGAACAGCAAACAACCAUAGAAUAUAGUGCACCUGAAGAACAGCAAACGACAAUGGAACAUAGUGCACCUGAAGAACAGCAAACGACAAUAGAACAUAGUGCGCCUGAAGAACAGCAAACGACAAUGGAACAUAGUGCACCUGGAGAACAGCAAACGACAAUAGAACAUACUGCACCUGAUGAACAGCAAACAACCAUAGAAUAUAGUGCACCUGAAGAACAGCAAACGACAAUGGAACAUAGUGCACCUGAAGAACAGCAAACGACAAUAGAACAUAGUGCGCCUGAAGAACAGCAAACGACAAUGGAACAUAGUGCACAUGAGGAACAGCCAACUACAAUAGAACAUAGUGCGCAUGUAGAACACCAAACGACAAUAGAACAUAGUGCACCUGAAGAACAGCAAACGACAGUAGAAUAUAGUGCACCUGAAGAACAGCAAACGACAAUAGAACAAAGUGCACAUGAGGAACAGCAAACGACAAUGGAGCAUACUGCCUCUGAAGAACAGCAAACGACAAUGGAACAUAGUGCCCCUGAAGAACAGCAAACGACAAUGGAGCAUAGUGCACCUGAAGAACAUCAAACGACAAUAGAACAUAGUGCACCUAAAGAACAGCAAACGACAAUAGAACAUAGUGCACCUGAAGAACAGCAAACGACCGUAGAAUAUAGUGCACCUGAAGAACAGCAAACGACAAUAGAACAUUGUGCGCCUGAAGAACACCAAACAACAAUAGAACAUAGUGCACCUGGAGAACAGCAAACGACAAUAAAACAUAAUGCCCCUGAAGAACAGCAAACGACAAUAGAACAUUGUGCGCCUGAAGAACACCAAACAACAAUAGAACAUAGUGCACCUGGAGAACAGCAAACGACAAUAAAACAUAAUGCCCCUGAAGAACAGCAAACGACAGUAGAAUAUAAUGAACCUGAAGAACAGCAAACGACAAUGGAACAUAGUGCACCUGAAGAACAGCAAACGACAAUGGAACAUACUGCCCCUGAAGAACAGCAAACGACAAUAGAACAUAGUGCACCUGAAGAACAGCAAACGACAAUAGAACAUACUGCACCUGAUGAACAGCAAACGACAGUAGAACAUACUGCACCUGAUAAACAGCAAACGACAAUGGAACAUACUGCCCCUGAAGAACAGCAAAUGACAAUAGAACAUAGUGCACAUGAGGAACAGCAAACGACAAUGGAGCAUACUGCCCCUGAAGAACAGCAAACGACAAUGGAACAUAGUGCCCCUGAAGAACAGCAAACGACAAUGGAACAUAGUGCACCUGAAGAACAGCAAACGACAAUGGAACAUAAUGCACCUGAAGAACAGCAAACGACAAUGGAACAUACUGCCCCUGAAGAACAGCAAACGACAAUGGAACAUAGUGCACCUGAAGAACAGCAAACGACAAUAGAACAUAGUGCACCUGAAGAACAGCAAACGACAGUAGAACAUACUGCACCUGAUAAACAGCAAACAACAAUAGAACAUACUGUUCUUGAAGAACACCAAACGACAUUGGAACAAACUACACCUGUAGAAAAGCAAACGACAAUGAAACAAACUACACAUGAAGAACAUCAAACGACAAUGAAACAAACUACACCUGAAAAGCAGCAAACGACAAUAGAACAAACUUUACUUGAAGAACAGCAAACGACAAUAGAACAAACUUUACUUGAAGAACAGCAAACGACAAUAGAACAAACUACACCUGAAGAACAGCAAACGACAAUAAAACAAACUACUACUGAAAAACAGUUAACGACAAAGGAGCAAACCACUUUUGACGAACAGCAUACGACCAAAAAACAGUAUACAACUAUGAAACAUCCUACCAUAGAGAAACUAACAACGUCAAAGGAAUUAUCUACAACUGUGAUAUGGCUUCCCACAUCGACAUCGUCUUCAAAUACUAUGACAAUCAAUGACACAACGCAAAACUCAAUGGACAGCACAUUGUGUGUCUGUGUUUGCAAACACGGGAACCACACUAUUCAGGAAUCAAUAGAAAAGAGAAGAAGAGAGUUGAUUUUAAACAAACCUGAACUUUCUUCCAACAUACGGAAACGUACGUCUGCCGGGGAUAAUCGUAAGACAUCGAGAGUGGUGGGUACUGUGGCAGUCAUUAUCCUAGUAUUGUACGCAUUGUUAUUUUUCUGCGCUGAUAUCUUGUCUCUCCUUGCACUGUGCCGUUCAAAGAUGUUUCAGAAAAACAAUCAAAUAGAACCUAACAUUUAA